CCGCCCACGUAUGAAACUGGAGCACCUUAUCUCUUCCAUAUGCUUACAACAAGACCACGUAGAAGGCCAUUCAUAUCCUACCUCAAGCACCAAUGAGGACUUCCUCUCCCAUAGAAAACAACAUCCAUUUCCAAAAUCAUUAUCACUUCAUAAACACUUUUGUUUCUCCCCAAUAGCAGAAGUAGUAGACUUCCAUGGCUCUUCAGGUAAAUGGUGUGGCUUUCAGUCUUCUUCAUCGAAGGAAGCCUCUUUCAGUUAAGGCUGUAGCUUCUGAGAAUGUUUCGACCUUGCCGGGAGAGGAGGAGAAGGUGAAGCUUGGAGGGUCUGAUUUGAAGGUUACUAAAUUGGGUGUUGGUGCUUGGUCUUGGGGAGAUACCACUUACUGGAAUGAUUUCCAAUGGAAUGAUAGAAAGCUGAAGGAAGCCAAGGCAGCUUUCAAUGCAAGUAUUGAUAGUGGAAUAAACUUCUUUGACACAGCGGAAGUCUAUGGUGCAGGGAUCACAGGAGCGGUUAACUCAGAAACAUUGAUUGGAAGUUUCAUCAAAGAAAGGCAAAAGGCUGGUCCAGUUGAUGUAACCAUAGCAACCAAGUUUGCAGCCUUACCAUGGAGGUUUGGCCGUGGAAGUGUCAUUUCUGCUCUUAAAAGCUCUUUGUCUCGCCUCGGGCUUUCAUCAGUUGAUCUCUAUCAAUUGCACUGGCCAGGAAUAUGGGGAAAUGAAGGUUAUAUUGAUGGCCUCGGAGAUGCUGUUGAAAUGGGUUUAGUGAAGGCUGUUGGUGUCUCAAAUUACAGUGAAAAGAGGCUCCGAGAAGCCUACAACCGUCUAAAGAUUCGUGGAAUUACAUUGGCUUCUAAUCAAGUGAACUACAGUCUUAUAUACAGGAUUCCAGAAAAGAAUGGGGUGAAGGCUGCUUGUGAUGAACUGGGUGUAACUUUGAUUGCAUAUUCUCCUAUUGCUCAAGGAGCUCUAACAGGAAAGUAUACACCAGAGAACCCACCAAGUGGUCCUCGGGGCCGCAUUUACACUCGUGAUUUCCUCACAAAGCUGCAACCUCUGUUGAACAGAAUUAAAGAUAUUGGACAGAACUAUGGAAAAACUUCCACACAGGUGGUUCUAAAUUGGUUAAUUUGCCAAGAGAAUGUGAUACCAAUCCCAGGAGCCAAAAAUUCAGAGCAAGCAACAGAGUUUGCAGGUGCUCUUGGUUGGAAGCUCAAAGAUCCGGAGAUUGAGGAACUGCGUUCUCUCGCAGCUGAGACACAGCCAGUUACAGGCUUCCCUGUGGAAAAACUGUAGUUUCGUUACAUGCUAUGAUUUGAAAUGAAACGCUCAUAAAAUAUCUAAUACACACUUGUCAGUAAAUUUACCUUGCAAAUUCCAGCUCCCUUCCAUGUAUAUCCCAAGAAAUUAUAUGCAGUAGUAGCACAAGAAAUUAAGGCUUCAUUUGGAACGGCUUUCUUACUAUUUUUUAAAGUAAAUUUUUAAUACAAAAAUUAAAAUUUUUGUGCUGGAAAACUGCUUUAAGAAGUAAUAAGAAAGACAUCCCAAACGAAGCCUAAAUAUUUUACUUAGUAAUGUGUUUGUAAUUGCUACCAGCUUUCUGAAGUGAUGUUUGGCAUAACUGUAUUGUGGCAGCUGAGUGGUUAUUUUAAGUGUUAACAGCUUUCUCACUGAACAAACAAUAUCAUGUAUUCUAAAUGUUUCUAUUUUCAUUGGCUUAACGCAAAUUUAUA